UCUUUCAGCUUCACGCUUUAGUGAAGAACACUCCAGUAAGCGCUCGCAAUAUAUCUCGAUGCCAUUAGUAAAUAAACACAGCGUACAUCCAGGGUUGAAUAUACAUUUUCUAGGUGACAGAUUUUUCAGAGGCAUAUAUCCACCAUGUCAAAGGCAACCAAACGCAAGCACGUAGUCAAAGAAGUUCUGGAGGAUUAUGUCACACCAACUGAAGACCAGCAGAUCAUGAGGGUCUUGGGAAGUAAUGGCAAUAACCUCCAUGAGGCUGUGACUGGCAGUGGUGAGCGUUUUCUCCUCAGUAUGCCUACUAAGUUCCGCAAGAACAUCUGGAUCAAACGAGGAGACUUUGUCAUUGUUGAUCCCAUUAAAGAAGGAGGGAAGGUAAAAGGAGAAAUUAGCUUCAUACUUUACAGGGACCAUAUUCAGCACCUGAGGAAACUUGGUGUCUGGCCAGAAGGAUUCCAGGAGGAUCGCACAUCCGGUGAGAGAAACGAAGGGACACCGAAAGAAAGACGUGAAGGAAAAGAAGAGGAGGAGGAGGGUGACAGCGAAUCUGAGGAUGAUGACAGCGAUCUGUUUGUGAACACCAAUCGUGCUACUGUUCUUUACAGUGAGAGUGAGGAAGAAACAGAUGAAGAUGAGGAAAAUAAAGGAAGAACAUAAAUCUACAAAUGAUACCACAACAUGACCAAGAACAGCUUGCCGUGGUUAGAAACGUGGAAAAACCCCAUUGAUGCCUGAUUCCAAUUUAAAACGUUUGUUUCAGUAAAAAGGAAACUUGAUUAUGUAUAUGUAUCAUAAUUAUUGUAAAUAAGGCGUGUAAUAAAUUCUCUUUCGUA